GGUAGAGUAGGAGAGAAGAAACCUGUCAAGGAGCCCACAGGAGGACUGGAAGGAAACUCCGCUAUUUACAGAUUCUUAAACUAACAAAAAUAUCUUCAUCAUCUCCUGUCAGAAAGAAAGAUUCAAAGAGGAUCCCAGCAGCAACAGUUUAAUACAGGCAUUUCCUGUGGUCAAGUGGUUAAGAGCAGCCUGUAGCCAUGGGACAAGCCCUGGAUAUCGAGAGCUGGGACUUCCACAUAGCAAGAAACAAUGAGGAGCACCACACUGAGGCCAUCAGCUCCCGGCACCUAAUCGUAAGGAGAGGGCAGCCCUUCACCAUCACACUGCACUUCCAUGCUCCAGUCCGUGAAUUUCUGCCUGCCCUCAAGAAGGUGGCCCUCAUUGCACAAACUGGGGAGAAGCCAUCCACAGCCGACAAGACCCAAGCCACCUUCUCUAUCUCCAGCCAAGGGAACCGAAAGUGGUGGAGUGCGAAUGUGGAGGAGAGAGAUGACCAGUCAUGCGACAUCUCUGUUACGACGCCUGCAGAUGCCAUCAUUGGCCACUACUCACUCCUGCUGCAGCUCCCAUGCUGGAGGCAACAGCCCCUGGGCCAGUUUACACUGCUCUUUAACCCCUGGUGUCGAGAGGAUGCUGUGUUCUUGGAGAAUGAAGCUCAACGCAAGGAGUACUUGUUGAAUCAGGAUGGCCUCAUCUACCUGGGCGCGGCUAACUACAUCCAGACAGAACCCUGGGACUUUGGCCAGUUCCAGGGGGAUGUACUCGACCUCAGCCUGCGCUUGCUGGGCGUGGACAAACAGAGAAAUUUGUGGAGCAGCCCCAGCCAUGUGGCCCGGGUAUUGGGCGUCUUGCUGCAUGAUCUCAAGAAGAAGCAUGUCCUGCCCACCCCGCAGACCGAGGAAGUGGCCUUCCAUACCAAGCGCCGGGGCAGCGUGCCCAUCCUCCGUCAAUGGCUCACAGGCCAAGGGCGACCUGUGUAUGAGGGUCAGGCCUGGGUGCUGGCUGCUGUGGCUUGCACAGUGCUGCGCUGCUUGGGAAUCCCUGCCCGUGUCAUCACCAUGUUCUCCUCAGCCCAGGGCACCGACAGGAAGCUGUCAGUACAUGAGUGCUACAACGAGGAGGGGUUUCAGAUUGCAGAAGGCCAGAAGGGCAGCAUCUGGAUCUUCCAGACUCUCACAGAGUGCUGGGUGGCCAAGCCUGAUUUGUCCCAGCCUGAUUUGUUCCGAAGUUAUGGCGGAUGGCAGAUUCUGCACCCGGGUCCUCCUGAAAGAGACGGAGUCCUGGAGGCCUGUGACCUGGUCCCAGUCAGAGCAGUCAAGGAGGGGAAAUUGAGUCUGACCCCUGCAGUAGAGGAGCUUUUUGCUGCGGUAAAUGCCAAGUGUGUGGUCUGGAAGUGUUGUGAUGAUGGGACACGGAAGAAGACCCACUCCAACACCAAGUAUGUUGGCGAUAACAUCAGCACCAAGGGUGUGGGCAGUGACCGCUGUGAGGACAUCACUCAGAACUACAAGUAUCCUGAAGGAUCUCUUCAACAAAAAGAGGUGCUGAAGACAGCCAAGAAGGAGAGAACCAAGAAGGGGAAAGCUGAGAAGGAGAGAGCCAAGAAGGAGAAAGCCCAGAAGAAGGGAGCCAAGAAGGAGAGAACCCAGAAGAAAGCCGAGACGGAGACAGUCGAGGAGGAGAGUGCACCGAAGGAGAAAGCUGAGAAGGAGAGAGCCCAGAAGGAGAAAAUGGAACAUGAGACUGUAGAUCCUUUGUACCUGUUUUUGGAAGCACCCAGCUCCCUGCCCCUGAGAGGGGAUGCCCAGUUCUCCGUGACCCUGUUUAACCCCAGCAACCAGGAGAAGGAAGUGCAGCUCACGAUCGGGGUCCAGGCAGUAUCCUACCAGGGUGUCCUUAUUGACAAGCUCUGGAGGAAGAAGCUGCCCCUCACACUCAGUGCCAACCUGGGUUAUUCUAGGGUUGCGAUUCCCCGGGCUACAGCAGUUGUUCCAAACUUCACUGCUCAUGCGAAUUACCUGGGGAAGUGCCACACCCUGCUGCAGCCCAGACCAAUUAAAUCAGAAAUUGUGGUGGGGCAAAAGCAUCAGAGUUUUGAAAACUCCUCAGUUGAGAAAAUAACCUCCAGCCUGUCCUUCUCCAAUUUUGAGCGAAACCCACCUGAGAACAGCUUCCUCAGACUGACUGCCAUGGCAACAUACCCCAAGUCCAGCAUCAGCUGCUUUGCUCAGGAAGACAUCGCCAUUUGCAGACCACACCUGUCCAUUGAGAUGCCAAAGACAGCAGAGCAAUAUCAACCUCUUACGGCCUCCGUCAGCAUUCCUAACUCCCUAGAUGCUCCAAUGAGGGACUGCGUGAUCUCCGUCUUUGGAAGGGGGCUCAUUUACAGAGAAAGGGCCUAUAGAUUUAACCCAGUGCAGCCCGGACGCACCUUGCGCGCCCAGUUCCAGUUCACGCCGACGCAUGUGGGGCUCUGGAGGCUCACUGUGGAAAUGGACUGUGACAUGUUCCAGAACCUAACCAACUACAAAAAUGUUACUGUGGUAGCCCCUAAACUUCCAGCUUAAAAAUCCAACAGCUCUUACGACCACUCUUCCCGACCACCCCCUUGAAGCUACAAUCUCAAAGCCAAAUGUGCUGGGAAGGGGAGCUUUGCACAUCAGACAAAUGAAUCUCAGUAUUAGGAUAAGGACAAGAGUGAGCAAAGCAGAACUAGAUUCCCACUCACUUCUGUCACCCCAGCUUAGGGCAGCCAUGAAGACCAGCUGUCUUAGAAUAGAAACUGCUGGGCUUGAGUGAUAAGGGAAAAAAAAAAAAAAAGAAUGAAGCUUUGAAAAA